AUCUCUUUGUUUUGUCUCUCUCUCUCUCUUGCUCUUUCGCUAGCUGCCCUGCCUUUCCUGAUAAUUGAAUCUAAUCAAAUCCGGCCGUAUGAACGGGGGUUUUACUGUGACGAUGAAAGCAUCAAGUACCCCAUCAAACCGGGAGAGACAAUUAAUGAUGCUGUGCUAUCCGCUGUCGGCAUUUUAAUUUCCGUCCUCGCUAUCAUAGUCGGAGAGUUCUUCCGCAUCUACUACCUGAAGGAGCGGUCCUAUUCCUUCAUCCAGAAUCCCUACGUGGCUGCUUUGUACAAACAGGUUGGCUGUUUUAUCUUCGGAUGCGCCAUCAGUCAGUCCUUCACGGACAUUGCCAAGGUUUCCAUUGGCCGCCUGCGACCCCACUUCCUGGCGGUCUGCAAUCCGGAUUUUACAAAGAUCAACUGUUCCUUGGGAUACAUUCAAAAUUACACAUGUAUAGGAUCACCGAAUAAAGUCAUGGAAGCAAGGUAG